UAUAAACCUGUGUUUUCAUCACGAAAAUAAUAAUCAAGGCUCAUUAUUAUAUUAUAGAGAUCUUUCUAUAUAUAACAAGAUCAGAUAAACGAGUAGAGAAUCUUUCAAAACAAGAACAUUGUAUUCGGGAGUAUGGAGGAUGGAGCUGAUAGGAGGGUGUCAUCCUCAUCGGAGACGGAUCUCGAUAAAUGGCUUCCCAUCACAGGUUCCCGGAAGGGCACGUGGUGGUACUCCACCUUCCACAAUGUCACCGCCAUGGUCGGCGCCGGCGUGCUCGGCCUUCCUUAUGCCAUGUCCGAGUUAGGAUGGGGCCCGGGAGUGACAGUACUGGUUUUGUCGUGGGUGAUCACGUUAUACACAUUGUGGCAAAUGGUGGAGAUGCAUGAGCCGGAAGGUGAGGGUACGGGGAAGAGGCUGAACCGGUACCACGAGUUAGGGCAAUACGCAUUCGGAGAGAAAAGAGGGCUAUAUAUCGUGGUGCCACAACAGUUGGUGGUACAAAUCGGAGUUAAUAUAGUUUACAUGGUGACCGGAGGCACAUCCUUGAUGAAGUUCUAUAAUACUGUUUGCCCUACUUGCAAACCGCUCAAGAGGACAUAUUUCAUCAUGAUGUUUGGAUCUGUUCACUUAGUCCUCUCCCAUCUUCCAGACUACAACUCUAUCGCUGUGAUAUCUCUUGCGGCCGCAAUCAUGUCAUUGAGUUAUUCAACGAUAGCAUGGGUAGCAUCAGCCCACAAAGGGCCCCGACCGGACAUUGACUACUCACUGAGGGCGCCGUCGACCGCCGGGAAAGUGUUCCGAUUCUUCAGCGCUUUGGGUGACGUGGCAUUUGCCUAUGCCGGCCACAACGUUGUUUUGGAGAUUCAGGCAGGCAUCCCGUCCAGCCCCGAGACUCCCUCGAAGAAACCCAUGAUGAAGGGCGUCUGGGUCGCCUACGCCGUCGUCCUGCUUUGCUAUUUUCCGGUGGCUUUCAUCGGCUACUGGGCUUUCGGAAACGCCGUGGAGGACAAUAUUCUGAUUUCCCUCGAAAAACCUGCUUGGCUUAUCGCCGCGGCUAACAUGUUUGUAGUCAUUCAUGUCAUUGGGAGCUAUCAGGUUUUUGCAAUGCCGCUCUUUGAUACCGUAGAAAGCUGGCUAGUAAGGUCAAUGCAUUUUAAGCCUACAUGGAAGCUUCGGUUCGUUACACGUACGACUUAUGUGGUAUUAACUUUAUUCUUGGCUUGCACAUUCCCGUUCUUUGGUGGGUUGCUUGGAUUUUUCGGAGGCUUUGCUUUUGCACCAACCACCUACUUCCUUCCUUGCAUCAUAUGGCUCAAGAUCAAGAAGCCCAAGAUAUUAAGCUGGACAUGGAUUAUAAACAUAAUAUGCAUUGUACUUGGAAUUUGUCUAAUGACGGUAGCUCCAAUAGGUGCAUUAAGACAGAUAAUAUUGCAAGCCAAAGAUUACAAGUUCUAUUCAUAGUUGUAUGCAUUACGAAUCUGGACUGUGUCUAGGAUUUAGUUAUUCAUUGCGUUUUGUUAGUAAUAAUUACAUAUGAUAACUUCGAAUAUUUGUCUACUCUAUAUGGCUCUGACCAAAUAAGCUAGGUCAGGCAGGGGUUGAUCGGAAUUUGGCCAAGGCAUUUUUAGUUAAUUAGUUCCUUAACUAAAGAGAUUAUUGUUUUGUUAUUUAUUCUGUUAUUUAGUUAAUUAAUUAAAAUUUCGUGUUUACG